UUAGCAUCAAUAUCAAGCUCUAACCGUCGUUCCCUCACUAAACCCGUCCUCUCGCUGUCUCUCUCGAUCUCUCUCUCGAUCUUGAUUCCUCCAUUGGGAAGGAAUUCGGAAGAAAUUCUCGAUUUUGAUGCUCAAAUCGAGAUAUUCAGAUGCGUGGGCAAUGAUUUCUUGCCAGAUUACCGGAAUGGAGAGCGUUUCGUGAAGUGAAUCUAGGGUUUUAGAUGCCAUAAGCCCCAUUCCAAUGAGAGGGGUUGAUUUCAAGUGGUACGAUGGUUUCUUCUUAUCCAUGCUCGCGACCAGCAUAAUCAUUGUUUCUAUCAACUGGAAGCGCUACCAUUUCUGCAAGCAUCCACUGCAUAUAUGGAUUGUGGUUGAUUAUACAACAGUAUUCAUCUUCCGGUUGCUUAUGUUUGUGGACAAUGGCCUUGCGGCAGGAAUGGGAUUAGACCUUGGGUGGCAACAGAGAUAUGCUCCAUUUUGUGGAAGAAUUGUGGUGCUCUCAAUUCUUAUUCUUUUGCUUUAUCCUUUUCUCUGGGUUUGGACAGUGAUUGGCACAAUAUGGUUUACCAAUGCAAGAAGCUGUUUGCCCGAGGAAGGUCAAAAAUGGGGUUUUCUGAUUUGGUUGCUUUUCAGCUACUGCGGACUGGUUUGCAUUGCAUGCAUGUGUAUUGGGAAGUGGCUAACACGGAGACAAGCACAUUUGCAGCGUGCUCAACAAGGGAUUCCCAUAUCGGAGUAUGGGGUUUUAGUUGACAUGAUCCGUGUACCUGACUGGGCCUUUGAAGCUGCUGGGCAAGAAAUGAGAGUAAUGGGUCAAGAAACCGCUUAUCACCCAGGCCUUUACCUGACAGCAACCCAGAGGGAAGCUGUUGAGGCUCUAAUUCAGGAACUUCCCAAAUUUCAUCUGAAAGCUGUCCCAACAGAUUGCAGUGAAUGUCCUAUUUGUCUUGAAGAGUUCCGUGUGGGGAAUGAGGUCCGGGGCCUCCCAUGUGCACACAACUUCCAUGUGGAGUGUAUUGACCAGUGGCUGCGCCUGAAUGUGAAAUGCCCCAGGUGUCGGUGCUCUGUAUUCCCCAACCUUGAUCUCAGUGCCCUUUCAAACAUUCGGCUGGACUCAGAACGGGCAUCAGCCAGUGAAGUGACUACAGCAACCACAAGAUACAUGCAGACACAAACUGGAGGUCAGAGCUACCGUGUCCGUUUGCAGGGCCUUCUCCGCCCUGUCCGCUCAGAGAAUGCAAAUGCUGAUGGCAGUGAGAAUGGAGCUCAGGAAUAUGGAGAUGAGACUUUGGUUGUGUCUCAUCCCCCAGCAUCGGCGCUAUGCCCAGUCACACCAUGUGUCGUUGUUGUUGAUCAUAUCAAUGGUCAUUGAUGUGCAUGUUUGCCUGCAUAAUUCAUGAGUCAGUAAAUAUUGUCAAUCAGGUUUUCUCAAUCUUACAGUUUAGUGUUUGUCACAAGUGCAUGCUAUGCUCUCUUCGAUAUAACAUUUUUCGGUUAUUUGGGUCUGCAUUCUUUAGGUCUGUUUCCUAUCAAUUCUUACCGGCAAAUUGAAUUACUCUUGUUAACAUAACUGCAAGCUGUUAUUUUAGGGAGCAGGAACCAGCCAAGAAGUUCCUGAAAGCAAUUUUUUCCGUCUCUGAUGGCACUAAUGCAGAUGCCUUUUUUUCCUCCAGCAAGAGGUCAAAAUGUGCUUGCAAACCAGAUUUGAAGUUUCAGCUCACUUUGUUCUUACUCCACCUGUGUACUGGCAAGGACCAUCUUUUGAUUCUUUUCUUGUUUUUAUUCUUAAACUUGCUAACACCAAAGCUUCUUUUCUUUUAUUUUGUUUUCUGUUGUACUUUGUUGGAGGAUUGUAUAACAAA